GAUGUGUACAAAACUGAGCCCCGGGUAACUGCUGGACGUCGUACACGAAACAUAAAUCGUUAUACUCAUGCUCAACUUGAAGGUAUAGAGAAACGAAAAAGUGAUCAAGCGAACAACUCUCCCCAAGCAUCAACUAUUCAACAGGAUACUUUAUCAGCAUCACGACAGAUAUCAUUACCUCCUGAAACCGCUGAAACUGACCAUCCAAGACAGAGACGUCGUAUCACUACAGAAGCGGAGAAAACUAUACUCGCCCAAUUAUUUGAAUUUGAAGAAAAAUUGCCCGAAACCGCAAUCCUGAAAGUGAUGUCGGAACUUCAGACUGUCUUUUCAGAUUGGACGGUUGGAAGAGUCAGACAAUAUUGGAGAAAUAAUCAGCAAAAAAAG